AUGGUCACUACCGUAGACAAUUAUGUUUCAUAUUCUGUGGCUGUCGAGCUCUUUCAUCAGCUUCAGCGUGUAAAUAAAUGUACAGAAUUUGCUCUUAUCAGGCUGCCAACUUCAUCAAAGACACUCUCCAAUGGAGUGAUUCUUCAUACUGGCAAAAUCAUACAUCCAAAAUUACCUGAAACUCAUCACAAAUCGUCGAAGCCCACGACCCAAUUCAGAAAUGCCAUCCAAAGACCCCAAACAAGCGUAUCGGAUGCCCACAUCAAUUACCUCUGCAAAAACGGACGUCUAAAUGAAGCCAUUGAAUCUUUAGAAUCCUCGAAUUAUGGCGCUUCUGCACGUGGGAACAGUGGGGAUGGUGAAACGGGGAGGUUGAUUCAUGGUAUGGUGAUUAAAUGUGGGAUGACUUUUCAAGUGCGUGUAAAUAAUGCAAUUUUGGCUGUUUAUGGAAAAUGCCGGUGUUUAGACUUAGCAAGACGGUUUUUUGAUAGUAUGGAGUUCAGGGAUACGGUUUCUUGGAAUGCAAUGAUAACAGGAUAUUGUAAUGCUGGUAAUAUUAGUGAGGCACAGAGAUUGUUUAAUUCGAUGCGUGACCAAGGGUUUGAACCUGGUCUGGUGACCUGGAAUAUUCUGAUUGCGAGUUAUAGUCAGUUGGGAGAACUUGACAUGGUCAUGGAAUUGAUGAAGGAGAUGGAAAGCUACAGAAUUCUUCCUGACAUUUUCACUUGGACUUCUAUGAUUUCUGGGUUCGCUCAGAGUAAUCGGAAGAGUCAAGCUUGGGAUUUUUUUGAGCUAAUGAUUGCAGCAGGGGUCCAACCUAAUGAGAUCACACUUAUUAGCUUGAUCUCGACUUGCGCGUCUCUUAAGGACCUAAAGAAGGGGAGAGAGUUACAUGCAUGGGCAGUGAAAGAAGGAUUUGGCGAUAAUGUACUAGUGGCAAAUUCACUUGUGGAUAUGUAUUCGAAAUGUGCAAAACUUGAGGAUGCUCUCCUUGUCUUUGACAAUUUAUCUGCAAGAGAUGUCUACACUUGGAAUUCAAUGAUUGGAGGAUAUUGCUUGGGUGGAUAUUGUGGACAAGCCAAUAAUCUCUUCUUGAAAAUGCAGGAAUCAGAUGUGCGGCCUAAUGUCGUCACAUGGAAUACGAUGAUUGCAGGUUACAUGCAAAAUGGAGAUGAGGGUCAGGCACUGGAACUUUUCCACAAGAUGGAGAAAGAUGGACAAACAAAGCCGGACACUGCAUCUUGGAAUACUCUCAUUGGUGGCUACGUGCAAAAUGGAGACAAAGAUAAAGGAUUCUGGAUAAACUUGGACUCUGAAUUGUCAGUUUCAAAUUCUUUAGUGGAUACGUUUGCCAAAUCAGGUAAUAUAGAAUACUCCAUAGCCGUAUUCAACAGCUUGUUAAGGAAAGAUAUAAUCUCCUGGAACACCCUCAUUGCUGCUUAUGUUAUUCAUGGUCGUCCAAGUGACGCCAUUGAGCUCUUUGCGCAGAUGAAGACCACAGCAAUAUCACCAAAUAGAGGUACUUUUGCUAGUAUGAUUUCAGCAUAUGGUUUAGCUGGAAUGUUUGAUGAGGGGAAUCAUCUUUUCUCUGAAAUGAUAAGGGAUUGUGAUAUCUCGCCUGAUUUAGACCAUUAUGCAGCAAUGGUUAAUCUAUGUGGACGGUGUGGUAAGCUUGAAGAAGCAGUUGAGGUCAUUAACAACAUGACCAUUGAGCCUAAUUCUUCCAUAUGGGCUGCUUUACUUACUGGAAGCAGUGUCCAGGGGAAUACUAAACUGGCAAUAUAUGCUGCGGAACGCUUACUGCAACUGGAACCAGAAGAUGCCGUGAUCAAUAGGUUGGUCUUACAGUUAUAUGGUUUAUGUGGGAUUGCUCAGGGUUCUGUAGCAUCACAGAAGUUUAAAAAAAGGAAAGAUUCUGAAGAAGCUCAUGGCUGGGGCUGGAUUCGAGACAAAAACACGGUUCGCUUGUUUGUCGGUGGGAAUUGUAGCAAACAGAUAAGUGGAGUGAUGGAUACUUGGAUAGACCGCAUGGGCAUUAAGAGGAGGAGAUCCGAUUACUCAGAUUGGCUGCCUAUUGAGGAGGACGAGAGUGAAGAAACUAAUGGGAUUCAUAGUGAAAAACUGGCAUUUGCUUUCGCCCUGUCUAAAGCUACGGGGGCAUCUCGGCCUGUUCGAGUAGUUAAAAAUGGCAGGAUGUGCAAAGAAAUGGUCACUGUUCUUGCAAAGAUUAUUGGUAGGCCUGGGAAAAAUCAGCCCCUUUUCUCUUCUGUUGAUACACAAUUAUACUUUCAAGCAACUCCCAGAGACGGGAUGAAGCGCUCUACCAGGAGGGGCUUCAUAUAUAAGCAUCAUAAGAGCAGUAAAAAGACAUCACUUCAGCUGUUAUCUGAGGACUCUACUGUUGUGCAAUUUUUUUUGAAGAUGGAUUAUGGAAAAUCCCAUACCAUUUCUGUUGGUCCAUGGGGAGGUCAAGAUGGGUAUCAUUGGGAUGACGGAGUAUAUACGGGCAUAAGGCAAUUAGUGAUAUCUCAUGGAGCAGGAAUUGACGCCAUUCAGAUUGAAUACGAUAGAAAUGGGACCUCAGUCUGGUCAGAUAAGCAUGGUGGAAGCGGUGGGACUAAUAUUGACAAGGUCAGGCUGGACUAUCCGGACGAAUUUCUAACUUCAAUCCAUGGAUAUUACGGAAGCUUGCAUGAACGGGGACCUGCCUUUGUCCGGUCUCUGGCUUUUGAGAGCAACAAAAGAACAUUAGGUCGGUAUGGUAUUGAACAAGGGACAUAUUUCUCAUUUCCUAUGACUCAAGGCAAAAUUGUUGGGUUCCAUGGAAAGUGUGGGUGGUAUUUAGAUGCGAUUGGAGUUUAUUUGGAGCCUAUCACAAGUACUAAACUAAUAAUACCAUCAAAUUCUUUGGUUCAUUCACAACGAUCUGCUUUCCAAGGGGUGGAAAAAUUUGAAUAUUCGAUGUUACAAGGAAAUGGUUAUGAUUUGAUUCUCGCAGUUAGGCACAAGGAGAGGUAUUAUAAUGGCAAUUAUACUCCGGACCAUCUGUCGAGACAAAGACAAACUUCUGACUCCAGAGAGUUUAGCCGUGCUCAAUCUCAAAACAAGCUUGUGAAUGCAGCCCCAGCGAAAAUAGAGAAAGUGGCCUCAAGAAAUUCUCAAGAUGUUGUGACAUAUGGACCAUGGGGUGGUAAUGGUGGCAGCCUCUUUGAUGACGGGGUCUAUGAUGGAAUCAAGGAAAUUCAUCUCUCGCGUAACGUGGGAAUUGUAUCCAUAAGAGUGUGUUAUGAUCUGAAUGGACAACCUGAAUGGGGAGACAAAAAUGGUGGUACUGGUGGAUUCAAGUCUGAUAGGGUAACCUCUUUGCUGGCUGGCCAUUUUUUCCAAUUUCUUUUUGUCAAACAACCAUUAGCAAUGAUGAAGCAUCUGCUCAAACUUUUGCAGAUUGUCUUUGAUUAUCCAUCCGAAAUCUUGACUCACAUAACAGGAUACUAUGGACCUGCCAUGGGAAUGGGGCCGAACAUCAUCAAAUCUUUAACUUUUUAUACCACAAAAGGGAAAUAUGGCCCCUAUGGAGAUGAACAAGGACAACCAUUUUCGACCAAACUGAAAGAAGGCGCGAUUGUGGGAUUUCAUGGCAGGAAAGGAUUAUUUGUUGAUGCAAUUGGUGUUCAUUUGUUAGAAGGGAAAGCCCUGCCCGUGCAUGUAUCAAACUCGACAUCCAACUCCAUUAUCCUAAAAAGUCUGCCCAACAACACAGAAGUCAAUAACAAACCUCAAUGGUCAUUCAGACUUAGAAAAUAUGGAUUAAUGGGGGAGGCUGUGCAGAAGAUUGUGAAAGAUCCAGCUCCAUUCGGACCAGGUCCUUGGGGUGGUGAGGGUGGAAAACCAUGGGAUGACGGAGUCUUCACUGGAAUCAAACAAAUUAUCUUGACAAGAACAGAUGCCAUCUGCAGCAUAGAAUUUGAGUACGAUCGAAAUGGGCAAUCUGUUUGGUCUGUAAAACAUGGCAACAGCAGUGGCCUACCAGGAAACAGGAUAAAAUUAGACUACCCUCAUGAAGUUCUGAUUCGCAUCAGUGGAUAUUACAGCCCUCUUCGUAAUGGCCAAGGAACAAAGGUAGUGAAAUCUUUAAUGUUCUAUACAAGUAGGAGGAACUAUGGUCCAUUUGGUGAAGAGGUGGGACAGUAUUUCAGUUCAGCAACAACAGAAGGGAAGGUGGUUGGGUUCCAUGGGAGGAGUGGGAUGUACUUGGAUGCCAUUGGAGUUCAUAUGCAACACUGGCUAGGAAAUCAAAGAUCACCCAAGUUAUCACUCAGGAAUAUUUUCUAUUAA